AAUUAUCAUUUGUUGUACAUGUAAUCUGGUGUUCCUUAUAAAGGAAGCUGAUACGGAGAUUGUAAGGAAUCAUACAUCAUAAACACUGUUGGUCGGUUACUGUUCCUUUCAAACAAGUUCCCAUGCAGGAACACAACAUACUCAUAACAUUAAACUCGUAAGAGGAUAACUAUAAUGUUGAAGAUGAAAACUAAGACAUCCGUCAUCGUCUGUUCAAUCAUCGAUAUCGGCCGCCAGAUGACUGCUGCAUACAAACAUAACACAGGCACUUGUUUUCCAUAUACUAUUACUAGCCGAGGGUCUUGAAGGGAUAGUUGAUCUUGCCAUGGAUAGAAAACAUGUGCCUCACUGCCUGUGAUACAUACCUAUCACUCAUUCAGGAAAGGUUGUCCAGCAUAUUUUUCAGUGGGUGUGUCAGAAGAUGGAAAGUUUUUGGUUGUGAAAAGCAUUGAAGACCAUCAUAAUCAUGUGAUAUCAAAGGGUUUGUUUGAAAUGCUCCCUCGUGAGAGGAGACUACCAGAAGAGGAGCUAAAGGAAGCAGAAAAACUGGUUUCCUUACAGGUGAACAACAAGCUGAUGAGGGAUCACUUGCAGGAUAAAACUGGAAAAAAAGUUAUCCUGAAAGACAUCAGCAACAUAAUUUCAAAAGUCAAUGCCAGCAAGAAGUCAGAUAACAUUGAAAGUCUAGUCAGUAAAUUAAAGAAGACAGGAUCUGUUGUUGAAGUUUUUCAUGAUUUCAAUAACCAAGUACAAGGAGUUUCUACCAAGAUGAGGAAAUGCAAAAAAUAUUUUCGGCUUACUGUGAUAUUGUCUUUGUUGAUGCCACAUACAAACUUAAUGACCUCAGGAUGCCACUGUAUGUCAUUAUGAUAGAAGACAGCUUAGGACAGAGUGAGGUUGCAGCAAUUUGCUUACUUAACUCUGAAGAAAAGCCAGUUCUACAGCACCUUAUAAAAUGCUUUCAAAAGCAUAAUCCAGACUCCUCGGGGAUAAAAGUAAUAAUGGCAGAUAAAGAUAUAGUAGAAAGAGAUGUUUUUAAAGAAGAAUUUCCAGAUGCUUCUCUGCUCAUUUGUAAAUUCCAUGUAUUAAGAACAUUUAACCGUGAAAUAACCACAGAAAAAAUGGGCAUUUCAUCUGCCCAACGGUAUGUUGCUUUAGAACUAAUCCAGAAACUAGUACACAGCAGUUCAGAAGAAGAUUAUAAUGCUAACCUUAAACUCAUUGAGACAACAUGUCCCAGGCAGAUAUUUAACUAUAUUGAUACUAACUGGCAUAAUAUACGCAAUGAAUGGGUUUUAGGGCUGACUUAUUUCGAAGGAUCUCUUAUGAACACUACUAACAACAGAAUUGAAUCGUUCAACCAAAAGUUAAAACAAGUUAUUAAGCUGUAUUCCGGCCUUGACUUAUUUUUUGAAAACUUUAUUUCAUUGAUAGGCACACUAAGAAAUGAAAGAGACUAUAAAGGUAGUGUAGAGAUUCAAAAAGUACCUGUUCACAUAAAGGCAAUGAAUACCACAUCUGCAGAAUAUAAGUAUUCACAGCUCUUGACAGGCUAUGCUAGUUAUUUCGUUAUAGAUGAGUUAAAGAAGGCUAGAAAAAUGGAGACCAUUUUUAAAACAACCAACAGUACUAGUCACUCUGAUGAUGAUAUGGAACUUAAUACAAAUUCAUGUACAUGUAAUUUUAGAAAGUCGAUGGGACUACCUUGCAAGCAUAUUUUUUUUGCAAGGUUGAUAAUAAGUAUUGAGUUAUAUGACACUGAGUUAUGUGUAAGCAGAUGGACUCGUUCAUAUUACAGGGAAAAUACAAGACUUUUCAGUACAAUGGUUUCUUCAAGUAAGAAAUUUUGUAACAGUUCAAGCAAUGUAUCACAGGUUGUAUAUACAAGAAAUACCACAUUACAUGUAUUAUCAGAGAAUCAGAAAUAUAAGAAGGCAUUCUUUGUUGCUCAGAACUUAGCAGCUGCUUGUUCUGCUGUUGGAAUGAAAGAAUUUGUGUCAAGAAUAAAACUGUUGACGGAAAUAGAAGAGCUGUGGAAAAACAAUCACACAGUUGAAGUUGAAGAAUCUUGUACCGAAUCAUCAGCAAAAGCAGAGCCUGUGUUUGCUUUGGAUAUUGAUAAGCAAGUACCAGUGUAUAUUGAUGAAGUCCAUGCAGUCUCAAAUGAGUCCACUGUAGAAGUAGAUAACGGUUUUAUUCUUGAAGGACAGACAAUAGUUCCUGAAAAUGCUAGUGUUCCAUGUAUUGACAUUGUUCUUGAGGAACAUACUACUUUUCCUGAAAAUACUGGUGUUGAAUUUAUUGACAUUUCAGUUCCUACAACCAGUCAUAGAGCAAAUAGUACAGCUAGUGUAUAUACUGAUGAUCUUAGUAUAGCGGUUCAAGAAUUUCUUCACACAAUAGCUGACCAAUCAGCUGCUCUUUGUGCUGAAAAGGGUACAUGCAGAAUUGAUGGAGAUGAAGUGAAGAAUUGUUUGGAUGAAUUGCUACCAUCAGCUGAAAUAUUAUUAAAUCUCAAUAAUCAGGCAGCAGCCAAACAAUAUUUCACAGAGGAGGGCUGGUUGACAGUAGAAAGUAUAUUAAGAAUACUUGAAGAUCAAUAUUUGAAGCAAAUAAAAAGGAAAGAGUUUCCAUCCAAUGUUUCACAAAAGAAAGGAAAAGGCAAAAAAACUUCAAGAAAAAACUGUUCUCCAACCAAAGGUAUAGAAAGUGAAGGAAAUAAAAGGAAAAGGAAGAGGGACGUACCAGAUCUUGAAAACAACAUUUGUAAUGAUAAGGAUGACACUAUUACUUUCUUUCCUAAUGUAAUGGAAACCAUGCAAAGCUUGAGAGGAGAAAUUAUUGAUUUCAUUAAAAUGUAUGACCCCAAAAAAGUUCUGCCUCGAGUAGGAAAUCCUAUAAAUACGGUGUUCAAAUACCAUGAUGGGACUAGAAGUUUGAGCGAUGAUCAAAGAGACAGUAUUACACAGUAUUUAUGUACUUUCCAAGAAGUUCGAUCAUUGUCUCAUAUAGAUAAUGCCAGUCUCAUCCACAGCCUCAUUGAGUUUAUUAUCAAAAGAAAAACUGAAAAUGAUCUUCAUCAGAACAAUGAAAGCCUUAGUGAUUUAAAGAUGCCAACAAAACAAAAAAGAAAGGGGAGGCCAAAAGGAAGCCAACAGACUGUUAUUGGUUUACCUAAAAAAAGAGGAAAGAACAAACUUAUUCCUUUCUUUAAAAGAACAGUUGAUGAAAAAGAAAGAGAAAUACUUAGUUGGUUAGGUAGUGUAGAUAGUGUAAUGAAGGCAUCAGGAGGGACAUUACUGGAUGAAGAAGAUUUGGUUGGAUUAUCGGAGGACUCAUUACCUUACCGAUGUUUAGAUGAUUAUGUUGAUUUGACAAUUGUUCAAAAAAAAUUCACUUCAUCUGCAUGGUUGUUUAUAUUAUCUAUUGUAAAAGAAAAACAACAAAAGGGUGGAUAUAUUCUUUGUACAUACUGUAAUGUUUUUAUUACUACAGAAAAUGAUGAUGCUGUUGAAUGUGACUUUUGUUUGUUGUGGUGGCAUAUAAGUUGUAUUAAAUUAAAGUGCAAGCCAAAAGUUAAGCAUUGGUAUUGCAAAUCAUGCAGGUAAAACUGAACUUAUGUGUUAAUAUGUAUUUGUAGUUUUGUUUAGCAUUUAUUUGUUAUUAUGUAUAGUGAUCUCAAAUGUUUUGCAAUGAGAUAAACUGGUAUUUUUUUGGUAGUUCAGAAGGUAGAACACCUUGUAUGUAGAUACAUUUAUGAUUUUGUUUGUUAUAUGUUUAUUGACUGUGCCCUCAUUUUCAUGGUUCAGUGACUGGUUGAAAAAGAUAUAGUUUUUUAUCAUGUGAAAUACUGGUUAUGAGUAAAAGGAUAAAAAUAUUUGGUGUAUGGGAUCCUUGUUAGGUCUACAUGUCUUUUAAACAGGGUUCAUCUGACCUUGACCCCAUUUAUGAACAUGCUGUAAGCUAUGUAUCUGAUAUUUUAAAAUUAGUGAAAAAAAUAUUUAAUAAGAGUUGUGCCACUUGGAAAUAAUAAUUUAUUGAAUAUUGCAUUGUAAGCUCUCACCAGUUUGCAUUUUUCUCUGAAUUAUUAUGAAAUUAAAAGAGAUUAUUAUGAAAUAAAAGAGAAUUAUAUUUUAUUUAAAUGAGAUUAAAUUCAGUACUAAUCAACGAUUUAUACAUGAACUUCCAUCACUUCAACAGAUAAAUUAGAGACAGUAGACAUCAGAACAAAGUUCUUUUGUAUUUAUUUAAAGGGAUCCAAUAUCAACUGAUGUUACAGUGAUAUUUUAGUAUUGUUUUAAAUACAGAUAGUUUGUAGUUUUAUGAGAUCUAAUUUAUUAUAAUGUA